ACUGUUGCCUAGCAACGACUGCUACUAGCAAUGAUUUUCUUUCAUGACUGGGAUUCGAUUCUCCUACUAGGUUAGAAGCUUUCCUGAUCCACAAUGCAAAGUAAUAUAGGAAAAUACAGGGACAGCACUCCGAAAAUUCCUUUUGCAGGAAAAGUGUUUGAUCAAGGAGGAACCGCCAGCGAAUGUAUUCACCCGCCUGACCCAGAGCCAGAGGUUCCACAAGUUGUUCAGAAGUUUAGCAAUACAGAUGCAGGUCGACCAGUGUGUGGAACAGCAAGAAUUCAUCAUGGAAGAGCAAAUGACGCUGAUGAAGCAUCAAAAUUCUACCAUGGUGUCACAACGGCUGGUUCAUUGAAGGCUUCAGAUCUUGUUACCCCAAAACCAAAAACUCGAUUUCAAAGCAGUUUGGAAGCAAAGAAGGAAUCUUUAUAUGAAAGUCACAUCAAUAAACCACUCGGAAAGCCACGAGAUAACACUCCUUUUAUGUCAUCAAGCAUUGAUAGAUUGACAACAGCAUUUGGAAUUGCAACUCUGAAAAAUGAAAAAGCAGGAGAGGUUGUGAAUCCACCUAAAAGUCAAGAUCAAGUUUCUGAAGAAUCUCAAGUUGCUCAUGAACUCUACACAAUCAGUCAUAAUGAUUAUAAUGUUGGAGAAACGUAUGACAGAAGAUAUGAUUGGAGUCGGAUAUCAAGAGGUUCAGUAUUUGGAGUUGAAACUCCUCACUUCAAUGAUGGGAGACUCACAAGAAAAACACUGACGUGGUUGCACGACAAACAAGCUGAACGAGGAGCAAAAAUAGUGACAAAAAGAGUUGAUGACUUCCGAGAACGAAAUCAACCACAACUUGGGAAAGUCCAUGAUCCAAUUGCAGAUACUCUCAAUGUGCCGAGUGAUCACACUUUUGGAGUUCUACUUCGACCAGACGAGUACGGAGCAGGAGAUUUAUUGCAUGGACGUUCUCCUGAUACUUAUCUACGUGGUAGAGACAGGGAGAGAGGUGUUAUGCAUGCAAUUAGACAACAUCUAAAGAAAGCUAAUUAUCAUAAUUUUGAUAAUUUAUCAGCGGCAUUCAAGCAUUAUGAUACAAAUAACGAUGGAUUUAUUGACAAUGAAGAACUCCGUAAUGUUUGUUGGCAACUUAACGUACCGAUUGAAGAUGAAAUGCUUUUUCUUUUGAUGUCGUAUUGUGGAGGAGAGGAAGGCAAAAUUGAUUACCUAAAAUUUGCAAACUUCUUGAAUUGGAAAGACAAAAUGCCAAUUGUAUCUUCUGCUUCUCAAACUAAAACAGCUAUGGAUGUCAACACGAAAGAAGCCAUGCCUCCAGAAACCCCAACUCUCAAGAAACAAAUUGAUAAAGCACUCACAGAUCAUAAAACAUCAUCUUCGCUCAUUGGUGUUGGAGCGACAGGUGCUUUGCACAAUCUAGAAUAUCGAACUUAUGGUGUCCCUACUGUCAGAUCUGAUCUGCCCUCGCCAAGUUUAAGGCGAGUUAGUGACCGCACUAAUUAUGGCGAUGAAUCAGAUGCAUAUGGUCUCAUCAGCCCGUCCAUGUAUUCACAAAGAGGAGUUUAUGAGACGGACUUUUUCCAACCUAGAUCGAGAGAAGAGUUGAGAAGAAUUUUUGCAAACAUCGGAGUUGAAAUCACAGCUGAGAUGUUUGAAAAAUUAUGGAAUGCAGCACAACACAGGGAUCCCAGAGGAAAAGGGGAAGUAUCUGUGGAAACGUUUCGAAGCACCUUGGACGACGUACAAGCAAAUGCAAUUACAGCUUAACCCUAUACUUAUUUUCAACUCGUUAUAUCUUACUUUAUUUCAAUAUCAAAUUUAUUAUAUUAUAUGUGCCAGCACCGUCAGUUGAUAGUUGAGGUUUAAAAUUGUAUUGAGAAUCGUUCUAUCAAACGACAAAUUUGACUAUAUAGGAUUUAUACUUUAUUCAUUGCACUUUUGUGUUACUAAGAUUGAAUAUAGUUUAUUCAAAAAAAAUUUUGGAA